CCAAAGGUCCAAGAAGUGGCAAGAGAAGAAGAUAGGAUUAAUGUAAAAGAGGUCAUGGAUUCGUGGACACUUCAAACCGGAUACCCAGUUGUUACAGUGUCACGUGACUAUGAAACCGGCACUGCGAAAGUUACUCAAAACCGUUUUUUGCUUGAAAAGGAAGAAGCUCGAAAUGUCAGCAGUGAACCUCUCUGGAAAAUUCCAAUCACGUACACACAUUCUAGAAACUCUGACUGGGAAAACACCACAACUAAACUGUGGCUUCACUCUGCUACAGGUACCUUGAGAGAUUUACCAGGACCGAAUGAUUGGUUAAUACUAAACAUCCAGGAAGUGGGGUACUAUCGUGUCAACUACGACAUUCAUAACUGGAAACUGGUAAUAAACCAACUGGAGAAGGACCACAAGGUCAUUCAUGUUGUUAAUAGGGCCCAAUUAAUGGACGAUGCCAUGGACCUCGCCAGAGCUGGGUUGCUACCGUAUGACUUAGCUUUGAUGACGACUCUUUACAUUAAUAAAGAACGGAAUUAUCUACCAUGGGAAGCGGCUUUGGAAUCUCUGUCGUAUAUUGAUAUGAUGUUGUCACGCAGUGCCAUCUAUGGAAAAUGGGAGAAGUACGUCCUGAGACAGUUAAGCUCCAUGUACAACGAAUUGGGUUGGGAAGAAGACGAAACAGAGAGCAUACUCAUCCAGUACAAUCGAAUCAACAGCCUGGGGUGGACUUGUAAACAUGGGCACCCGCAAUGCGUAAAAAUCGCCAAACGAAAAUUUCAAGAAUGGAAGGAUAACUACAAUGACCUAACAAUCAUUCCACCAAACUUGAGAAGCGUUGUCUACUGUACCGCAAUACAAUAUGGAGGACAAGAAGCGUGGGACUUCACUUGGCAGAGAUAUUUGGAAGAGGAGGUUGCGUCGGAAAGAGACAAAUUAAUGAGGGCACUUGCAUGCGCACGUGAACCGUGGCUCCUUUCAAGGUAUCUGGAGUGGUCUCUGAAUCAAAGUUCCGGAAUCAAACGUCAGGAUGGAACUUACGUGUUUCGAUCUGUAGCUUCUAACAUAUAUGGUCGAGACAUAGCGUUCAACUACCUUAGAGAAAAGUGGGACAUUCUAUUAGACAUCUAUGGAAAGUCUUUUUUUUCCCUUGGAAGUCUUGUACAAACUGUUACGUCUUCUCUCAACACUCAGUUUGAAUUAGAUCAGCUGGUGAAGUUUUACGAAAACCAUAAGGACAAGUUGGGAACGGCGCACCGGUCGUUCAAGCAAGCGAUCGAAAAGGCCCGUGCUAAUGUUCAUUGGAUGAACAAGAAUUUCGAGAUUAUUGCUAGCUGGCUCGAUAACAUAUCCUUAUAACCUCUUACUCAUUACUACGCAUUGGGGUGAAGUCCUACACAAGAAUAUUAUAUCUAAACCAGAAGAGAACCAAUGCUUGUGAACAACAACAACAAUAAAAAAAAACAAAAAACAUUUCCAGGUAUUCAGUGGAGUAGUUAAGAAUUACACUAUAUUUGAAACGUGCAAAUUAUUAUCCCCUGUGUAACCUUUCAAGGUAAACUGGUCACGUUACAUCUGAUAUCAGCUGAAAGGUCAUUUAAACCAUUACAAUAUUGGAGUUAUAACGUUAUCUUUUUUUUUCUUCUUUUUUGAGCUCUCUUGGAUAAUUUCACGUGUUUUUUCCUAAUCAUCUGUGUAUAUAAUCCUUUCCUGUGCAGAUCCUGAUACAGCAUAGACCAGUUAAAACUCGUAUUUUAGUAACACAUUUUCUUACAAUACAAGAUGUCUUAAACGAGGAAUAUUCAGUCAUUUUUAACCAUCUGUUGACAGUGGAUACCGACCCAAUAUCAUUUACAUAUAAGUACAUUUUUCUAGACAUCUGUACAAGCCUCAUUACAGCCAAGCCCUUUUAUAACUGAUAGAUUAAGUUGUCUUUUUCAUUUUUUUUAUUACCAAUCGUUUUCUUAAGAAAAAUCAUCGCUCUUGAAAAUUAUAAUUUCUUUUUAGAUUCAUAUUUACUUUUUUUGUUGUUCAAAUUUCACAUUGGAAUAUUUCAUCGUACCCAGCUGUCUGUUUCUCGUGAUAUAAAACGUUGUUUUACG